AGAAGAAAGCCCCUUUCGUUGAUGUCGUCGUCCAGGCGGUAGACGACUGCCAGCUAACGAUUGUCUACGUCAGACUAUACCUGUGACGUAAUAUAUAUCGUUUGGCAGUUAGUUCAUAAUAAAACAGAUGGCAUCAACGCAAGAUAUGGAUCAGAAGCCUGAAACAGAAGUAGUAGAAGCUGGAACGGGUGAAACAUCCAAGGGUACAGAAAACGCGGACCGUUCCACAACAACCAAUAUUCCUGCUCACUUGAAAACAGAAGCAAUACUAGCUAGACCGGAUAGAACAACGCCUAAGCAGGGUUUGAAGACAUUCUCUCAAUCUCAGCAUCCCAUGUACAGAACCACCAGUCAUGAAUAUGGAUCAAAGCUUCCUUCACUUUAUUCCUUGCCAACUUGCUUUCAUACAAGAAGUAACCAAUUUUCUCAGCAACAAGGUGUUUCUGGCAUGUACAAAAACCAUUCUCUGAACACUGCUGUCGAUCCCAGGUGCACCAUUUGAGAACUGAAUCUAGAUGUAAACAGAUUGACGCCAUCACCUGUGAACUUAAUUUGUUUCUCUUAAUGUGAAACAGAUAGAUAUGUUUGGUGCCAUUUUCAUCACAAGAACUCACCUGUGCACUGUUUUUGUUUUAUUAAUGACAGAUGUUGGAUUAUUUUUAGAAAAGACAAAAAUUUAACACAAAUUAUUUUAAUCAUCUUGUUUUGAAUUGUACUCUGUGUAAUGUAUACUUGUCGCAUUGUUUGUACUACAUACUAAGCAGGUAAAUCCUGCAUUGCGUUCUUAUAUAUGUACUCAUGUCACAAUUUUAUAUUAUGAAAAAGAAAUAAAGAUUGAUGAAUU